AUGGAAAUAUUCUGUUUCUGUUUUUUGGCUAGAUUCAAAAACAACAUUCAUUCAUCUAACUUGAUUUCUGUGGAAACUAAAGAUGGAACUAUAUCUGUGGCUUCUGCAUUUGCCGGGCAUCAAGAAGUUGUACACGAUAGAGACCAAAAAUAUUUAACAAAAGCAGUUGAAGAAGCAUAUAAAGGGGUGGAAUGUGGAGAUGGGGGUCCGUUUGGUGCUGUUGUUGUCCGUGACGAUGAAAUAGUUGUGAGUUGUCACAACAUGGUUUUGAGGAACACAGAUCCAACUGCCCAUGCAGAGGUGACUGCUAUAAGAGAGGCCUGCAAACAGCUUAAUCAAGUAGAGCUUUCAGACUGUGAAAUAUAUGCCUCUUGUGAGCCUUGCCCCAUGUGCUUUGGUGCUAUUCACCUUUCUCGAAUUAAGAGGUUGGUUUAUGGAGCGAAGGCUGAGGCAGCCAUAGCUAUUGGAUUUGACGAUUUCAUUGCUGAUGCACUGAGGGGUACUAGCUUCUAUCAAAAAGCUCACUUGGAAAUUAAAAGGGCAGAUGGGAGCGGAGCUGUCAUUGCAGAACAGGUCUUUGAGAAAACAAAAGCAAAAUUUCAAAUGUAUUGA